AUGAACCACCACUUUAGGGUAACUUCAUUUAUUUGUCUUAAUAUUUUUUUGUUUGGUUUAGGAGAGACUGUCAUAAAUAAUGGCGAACAUUGUUCACCUAAGGACACAAGGAAUGUUGGAGCUGUGGAGGAACCACUCCAGGCAGAAGAGAAAAGUAAAUCUGCAGAUAUUUCAAAUCAAAAAGAACAAUGCCUUGUACCAUGUGAUGCUCAAGCUAAAAUUUUACGAGGGGACAAACAUUACAUGUGCAGAAAUUUGCAGAACUCUCUUGCUGAAUAUGCCAGAAGUACAAAAAAAAUGGUAAGGGACAUGAUGGAUGAUCAACAGUCUUCAUUGGAUUACCUUUCUAAUCAGGUAAAUGAACUCAUGAACAAACUUGUUCUUUUGAACACAGUAAUUUUGAGAAAACAUCUGGAUCCACUUCCUUAUAAAGCAGUUCAAUCUCAUGGUCUGGACUGCACUCAUAUUAAAGAUACUGUUGGUUCAGUUUCAAAAACUCCAAGUGGUCUGUACAUUAUCCAUCCAGAAGGAUCAAAUUAUCCUUUUGAGGUUUUGUGUGACAUGGAUUUUCAAGGAGGUGGAUGGACUGUGGUUCAGAAAAGAACUGAUGGAAUCGUUCAGUUUCAGAGAACAUGGUCUGAAUAUCUGGAUGGAUUUGGUGACCUUACUGGAGAAUUUUGGCUUGGACUGAGGAAGAUUUUUGACAUAGUAAAUCAAAAAGCCACUCAUUUCAGUCUUUAUGUGGGUUUGGAAUCAGAAAAUGACAAGCAAGCCUAUGCGUCAUAUGAUGGAUUUUGGAUAGAGGAUGAAGCAUGUUCUUUUAAGAUCCAUUUGGGGCAUUAUUCAGGAAAUGCUGGUGAUGCAUUUAGAGGAUAUAGAAGAGAAGAUAACCAAAAUACCAUGCCUUUCAGCACUUUUGAUGUUGAUAAUGAUGGAUGCAGGCCAGUGUGCACUAUUAAAGGACAGCCAGUGAACAGCUGCAGUAAUUUCAGUGAUAACACUGGAUGGUGGUUCAGCAAGUGUGGCCUUGCAAAUCUUAAUGGUGUUCAUCGCUACACAGGUAGAUUCCUUGCAACUGGGAUUCACUGGGAUACAUGGACAGUGAACAAAAAGCCAGUCAAAAUUAAAUCAGUUUCAAUGAAAAUUCGGAGAGCCAAUUAUCCAUAUUUCCAUUAA